AUGAAGCUCUCACUCGUUGCUUCGACCGUCGUCGCUACCGCCCUCGCUGGCGCUAUCCCUGGCGACGUCCACACGGACAUUCACCGUCGCUCAGCAGCUCCCGUAUGCGCCUUCGAUGAGAAGACCUUUACCUUUGAUGACACUAAUGCUUGGGCCACCACCUCCGCCAAGCGCGACCUUUCCCAGAAGACCUGGAAUCCUCCUUCGAACCUCAAGACGGGUCUCGACCAGGUCUGGAAGCAUGAGAUCGAGACGUACUCUAACCCCCUAGGCUUCAAGAACUACGGCUUCGAUCAAGUCAUGGCUGGCAAGGGCAAGAUCAACUACUGCGUUCGUUGGGAGGGCGAUGCCACCGUCUCUGCCAGCCAGCGCACCAAGGUUGAGGCUGCGCUGAAGAAGCAGUACAACAAGUGGAUCUCGGUGCUUGCCAAUUUCGAAGGCUUCCCCUACUCCACCGUCGACGUCAAAGUUGUUGGCUGGGCGGUCAAGAACAAGAGCAUCCUCGUUGGUGACACCAAGGGAAUCCAAGUUUACACCGCUGUCGACAGUGAGGGCAUUCCUCAGUGCGCUGAGUCGUGCGGUCGCUUCUUCCAUCAGGACGGCAACUAUGCAGGUUGCAAGGCCGGUGCCGACCGCCACUAUGACAACUCGCUCUGGCUUACUCCGGGCUUUAACGGUGGUGCUGGUGGUGACUGGGGUCAGCGCCUUGAGCAGGGUUACUUCAUGGAGAAUCUUGAUGCAGACAACAUUCACAUCUUCCUCCACGAAGUCGGUCACACGUUCGCCCUCGAUGACUUCUAUGACUGGACUCCGUCUGGCGUUCAAAACUUCAUCAUGUUGGCUGGCAGCGCCAUGGAGAUCACCGAGUUCGACGCUUGGAUGGCGAGGGACUGGUGGAGGAACCUCAAGUCCCGCUACAACUUGUAG